AUGACGCUGUCGCGUCUCACCCCCGGCCGACUAACAAACAUCUGCCCACCGAGUGGGUCCACGCAGAACCGUCCCAACUUCGACCUCACCUCACCUCACCACCGCGACUCAUCGGCCACACCGCGCCUCAUGUUGGCACGCCGCUAUGCGCACCCGACGCUCGCGCAGCCGGCGCGGCAGCUCGGGGCCCAGCUCCGCGGCAAGGCCACGGCGGCGUCCAAACCCAAGGUGGCCAAGCCCAAGGCCAAGCCCCCAGCCUCGGACGUCGCGCGCCGCCUCGACAAGACGGGCGUCUGGCGGCGCACCGGCGGCCGCAAAAAGGUCACGGCCGCCGAGCCCUGGCGCGUCAACGUCGUGAGCGAGGGCCUGUGCGAUGACAUCCUCAGCUACGUCGGCCCGUCGCUCGAGCGGCACCGCGGAUGCGACCUCGUCGACCUCAACCCCGGGGCGGGCGUUUGGAGCCGCAAGCUGCACGACCUGCUGCGGCCGCGCCGACACGUCCUGAUGGAGCCCGACGCGGAGCUGUACCGCCCGUUCCUGGAGCCGCUGCUCGCCGAGGACGGCGUCCGCCUGCUGCCCCGGUCCGGCAUCGUCUGGCGAGAUUUGUUGGAUGUGAUCCGCGGGGACGAGCUCGCCGGCCAGCGCGACAGGGCGACGCCUCCCGGCGCGGAGCCCGCGCGCAACGACACGCUGCUCGUGACGGCCAACCUGUCCAUGUUCCCGAAAAAGGCGUUCCACGGCUUCGACAGCGUCAGCACCAUGGUCAUGUACCAGCUCAUGUCGAGCAUCCGCACGUCGUCGCUCUUCCAGCAGUACGGGCUCGUGCGCAUGCUGGUCUGGGUCAACGACGAGGACAAGCGCCGCCUGCUGCCGCGCGCCAUCCACCGCCGCAAGCGCAGCGCCUUUGAGGCCGAGCUGUCGUGCGAGUGGAUCCACGAGGUCGCCGGCCUGGACGCAGGCGUCGAGGACCGCAACGCCCUGCGCGACGAGUGGAUCAACGUCGAGUCGGGCUGCCGCACGCUGGAGCGCAUGGCUGCGCAGGGGCUCGUCAUGCCCGCGGGCCGCGAGACGGCCGUCUACAAGAGCCUCAGGGCCGACCCGUCGCUCAUGGGCCAGAGGCUCGCCGGCGUGCGUCCGCCGACGGUGUCGCGGCCCUUCAAGCAGGAGCUGCAGGACCUCGAGCGAGGGCUUUCAUCUUCCUCUGACGACGACGCGACGGCCUCGAAGCGGCUCAAGGCGCUGCGGCAGCGCGAAAAGUACGACCAGGGCGACGCGGCGCUGUACCUGGACCUGCUGCGCGAGCACGAGGCCGUGGCGGCGCUGGCGGCCAAGCCGGGGACGUCCGCCGAUGACGUCGCGCGCGCCGACGCGGCGUGGAACGAGCGCAUCGACAACCUCAAGAAGAACGCGCGCAACGAAUUCAACGCGCUGCGCGACAGCCUGCACCUCUUCCGGCAAGACCCGCCCGCGCUGCUCUGGGACCGGCGCGCGUACGAGCCGCUCGCCGCACGGGCCGACGACUUCUUCCCGGCGGCGCCCUCGGCGCUGCUCGACAUCCAGCCCAAGGCGAUGCACCCGCUGCUGCGGCAGCACGGCCCGGGCACGUCGCGCGCCGGCGAGACGUCCGAGGCGAUGCUGCGCUUCUGGUUCCACCACACGCUGCAGCCCGUCGGCCGCGCGAUGGAGGGCCUCUGGGUCGGCUUCGGCGACCUCGCCGGUCGGUGCCCCAGCGUGCGCGACGCGGCCCGCGGCGGCACCCCCGUCACGGGUCACGGCGCCGUCACGGUGCGCGCUAUGAACGAGGCCCAGUGGGUCGAGAUCCUCCAGGCCUGGAUGGACUGGCGCUUCCGCCCGACCUACGCCCAGCUGCUGGCCCGCCUGGCCGUCGCCGACGACGACGCGGAUGUCGACGACGAGGUCAGGGGGGCCGCUGCGGGGCUGGCUUGA